CGCAAUUAUAUCGAUGUAGAGUAGUUUGAGGAAGAAAUAUAACUUGACCCUUUUUGUCGAGAACUAAACAUUCCCCAGAAAACAUCUAUUUUUGUCGGAAUAGCAGCCGUUUUCACAAUAAAUGGAUUUUUUAACGAUUCCACGUGCUGGGAGAUCAUUCAGACGUGACCUGCAAGCAUCUUCUGGCAGUCUGGCUUGCCAAUCUGACUCCAGAGACAAUUAUCGAAAAACAUAUAACACCUACACAGUUCAGAAAUCUACUCCUCCAUCAAGUUUCCUACGAUCAAGAUGCAGUCACAGAAUGAUGAAUAUCAACUCGUUGCGAAAUUAGCGAAUCUCAAGACAGUGGUGCAACUGUUGAGAUCUGUCAACUUUCGAGAGAACGCGAUGUGUUUUGCAUCUGAAAACGGUCUAAAAAUCACGGUGGAGGACUCAAAAUGCAUCCAAGCAAACGCUUAUCUCCCUACGAAUGUUUUUCAAGAGUACGACUUGAAAGACGACGCGAUAUUCAAGAUAAAUUUAACGGUUCUGGUCGAGUGCCUGGGAAUGUUUUGGAGUCAGAUUUCAGCAGCAGGAACAUCAGUGGGUCUACAAAUUUAUUACAGAGGGAAUGGAUACCCAGUGACAGUGCUCAUUGAGGAGGAUGGAAUAAUUACAGAUUGUUCGCUGAAAACUCAAGAAAUCGAGGAACUUCUGGACUUUCAAAUUCCACCGGAAAAAGUACUCAAUAAAGUUAUCCUGCAGACGGAAUUAUUGAGGGAUAUCUGGAGUGAAUUGGAUCCGAGUUGUGAGUUUAUUGAGUUAUUACUUUCUCCGAAGGCUCCAUAUUUCCAAAUUGGAACUGACGGAUUGGCUGGUGAAUGCAGGAUAGAGUUACCUCAUGACAGUGAUCUGAUUGACAGUUUCGAGUGUAAAACGGAGGCCAGCUUCUACUACAAAUUUGCCCACAUGAAACCAGCGAUGAGAGCCCUGGGGUGUGCAAACAAAGUCUCACUGAGGACGAAUGACAAUGGAUUGCUUUGCUUCCAGUAUAUGGUAAAGACUGAUGAAGGACACACCUGUUAUGUGGAAUAUUACCUGUCUCCAGUGCUGGAUACUGACGACUAAAGACCCAAAAAUCCACAAUAAAUCCACCAAAAUGAUCUAUUGAUUUCUCAAAUAUGUGUGGACUAAAAUUACUGUACAUAAAUGUAUUUCAUCUCAAUUAAUGUUAUCAUCAUUAUUAAUAUAAUUUGCGUUAGCAUCAUAUGGAACACAUAACGAUGGAAUUUUCGUAUUUUCACAAUCCUUUUCUCUUCUGUCUAGCAAACGACGAUACAAAGCUCGGGUUACACUGGUCGAUUCUCUUCCUUCCACUUUCACAAAAACAACACACAAUGAUUAUUUCACUCUGUUGACAUUCACAAUAACAUUAUUCACCUAAUUCGUGGGUACGAAUUAAUUCGACAAACGAUAAUCACCAACGAGAUUCAAUAUUCAUAGAGAUAAAGGUGAGAGAGGAUGGAUAUGUCAUAUUAAUUAAUUAUCGCACAUUUCAAUGGGUGAAGCGUUAUCUUGAAUUUUUUUUUCGAUUGAAUUGUUGAUCGAGUACAGUCGAGUAUAUAAAAGCAGAGUGAUUAAUUUUUUUUUAAUUUCCUUUGGCGAAAGUUGAGUUUUAGGGAAGUAAGACUAGUCAAUUUUACUUUCUCGAAAGAAUCUCACAGAAAAAAUUACUUUUUACGGGAUUUCCAAGACAUUUCUAUUGAAAACUAACCGAUUAGCUUUUUGUUAUAUUUUAGUGUCUCUAAUUGAGAACUAUUUGGAUAAAAUUUUUGAACGAGUACAAAACCAAAUGAUAAAUCAUCCUCAAUGUUCAUUAAUUGUCCCACAGUUCAAAUAAUUCUACAUUUCUAGUAAGAAAGUUGCCUCCACAUUAUUGAUUUCUAUAAUUAAUUCAUAUCGCUCGAUAAAGAAAUAUAUAAUAUUUACACAAUUGCAUACUUCGGUAAUUAUCUUAAUUAAAACCGAUAGAUUACAAAUAUACAAUUAUUAGUUCAGUCAAUUAAUUCCUAGAGCACAAGCUCGAUGAGUAUCAGUUUUACAGAUUCAAUAUUUGCGAUUAAAAUUGUGUUCUUCUUCCACGUGUAUUUCCACCAAUAAAUAAUUUAAUUUAAAUCUUGAUUGAUUACGUCCAUCGUAUUUUUCAAAUAAAAAUACAGUCCGAAAAUUAGCCACAACGUCAUGAUUAUCUUGAACAUUUAUGUAGAUUCAACGUAAAUCGAACAUAAAAAAUAGAGCAGAUUCUAAAAAAUGACCAAAAAAUAAAAUUCUUAUCAAAGGGGCAAAUCUUCACCUUUCGUUUCUCGUUAAUUGUGAAAUUAUCUUUAAAAUUUCAGCUAAAAUUCCCCUACAUCUAGUAGUUCUGGACUCAUCGAAUUUUUUACAAUUUCACAACAAUUAACCCCUAUGUCCAAUAUUGUUUAGUUAAAAUUAAGUACUUUGAUAAAACUUACUCAUUGGCCCUUGGUACUUUAACUAGCGUUGAUUGGCAUUUAUCGUGAAAAUAUUCGAAAAUAUUGGCAAAUUAUUAGAUUCAAUAUUUCAUACUUGCUUUCUUCACUCGUUUUGACAUUUUAUUGUGACACUAACAGUCUCAUUGUUGAUUUAUCCUUGAGGCAAUGGGAGAGGUGUACAUAUUCUGUGUAAAUUCUUGGACUCUGCGGUUCUAAUUAUAAUUAAUUACGAUUAAUUUUAAUUAUUAUUUCGGUAGUGAAGUGGCAGAAGCCGAAUUUUGUCCAAAAUAAUGUCAAGAUAAUUCCUAAGCUAAUGAGUUUAGAAGAACUUGUCAAAAUAACUUUUCUUUAAAGAAUUUCAUUGUUGUCGAAACAGAUUUAAUGGCAGUUUUCUAUAACCUGCAUUGUUUAGGAGGUAUUAGCCAAAAUCUCAGUAUGCAACGGACCAGAGACCUCUACCACUUUAUCACCGAUUUUAAUCUUCUUCUCAGAUAAUUAAGAUACCACGUAAUUAUCGAAGAAAGACAAAACAUAAUUAACAUAGAGAUAUAUGGCAUUUGUACAAAUCAAUAACAGGCAGUCUUUUCGGAGCAAUAGUUCUGCGUUUUCAACAACGAAAAAGGAAAAAAUAUAUAUAAAAAAAAAAACCAUCUCGGUUACAAAGAAUUUCAUAAAGUCUGC